AACUCCUCCUCCUCCCAACUCUUCCACCACACACCCCGAAAGCUCGAAGCGGAAAGAAAACCUCCCAUUGGAUUGUAGCGGACGAAAACAAAGGGAGAGAAAGAAGAAGAAUGACCACCGCAGCUCUCCGCUUGGCCUCCCCAUUCCCGUCGACCACGGCCGCCGGGCGGCGACGGCAGCGGAGGACGGCAGCGACGGUGAGGUGCGGGCUGACGGACUUGAUCGGAGGAGAUUUCAUCCGGCCGGACCUGGGCCGGUUCCAGGAGGACGUGGAGAAGCACAAGGCGCUGGCGAUAUACCCGCCGCACGAGGGCGGGUACGAGGGUCGAUACCUGACCCGCCUCCGCUACCAGGGCUACCGCUUCCUCGACCUCUCCGCCCGCGGCCUCGGCGACCCGGAGACCACCCUCACCAAGAUCCACCCCGUUUGCCCCCCUCACUUGGGACGGCAACCCAUAGCAAGAUGGUACUUCCCUCCUGAGGUGGACUACCGGCUUUCCUUACUGCCUCCAAAUGCCAAAGGCCUUGUUGUAUGGAUAAUUGAAGCCAAGGUUCUCUCAAAGGCUGAGUUACAAUUCCUCGCAUUGCUUCCCAGCCUUCGCCCUAAAGUUAGGGUCAUUGCAGAAUGCGGUAACUGGAGAAAGUUUCUUUGGAAGCCACUUAGAGAAAUAGCGGGCCUCCCAUCAAGUGAAGAAGAAUCACAAAUUGGACAGCCAUCGCAAUGAGAGGCUGGCGCAGUUAACAGAAUGAACUGAUACGGAUAUUUAGAACUUUUCUCUUCAUAAUUUGUAACUUUAUGCUUUUUAAUAUUCUAUUUAAAGUUGCCGAAGGUUAUGCG